AUGUGUUCUACUUAUUCAGUGUCACGUAAAGUAAGGCGUUGGCCUUUGGUGUUACUUUUCCGACUUAUAGACUUAGCUGGUAUAAAUGCUCAAGUUAUUUUUAAUACAAAUAACCGAAACAAACUGAUUCGAAGAACAUUUUUAGAAGAAGUGGGCUUAUCAUUACUACAGGUUCAACAGAAAAAACGAGCAGUUUCAAAAUAUAUUCCAAGGUCUCUCAGACGAAAGGCGUCUAAAUUUUUUGGUGAAGAAAAACUCCCUGAAUGUUCGAAAGUUGUGGGAAAACGAGGAAGAUGUGUUGUUUUUCCAAAGAACAAAGAUAUAAAAACAACAAAUUCAUGUCAAACGUGUAAAGUAUACGUCAUGUGCCUCAAACAUAUGGAUACAGUAUGUAAGGAUUGUUGGGAGAAAAAUUAA